GUGACGAACUUCCUGGUUACACUUUCUCGCAGGUCCCGGUCCCCUUAUUAAUGGGUAGGCUGUGCUCGCUCCCGCACAGGCAACAGGGAGGACGCGGUCUGCAGGCGGAGGGACGGACUCACAAUGAGAAGAAGGAGCACAUUAUCGGCCCGGAGAAAGUUGUCACACAGCUAGCGUGGUCGGAGCCAGAUAACAAGAGUACCUCCAACAGCGAGUGACUCUGUGUUCCGCCUAGGCGAGGACGGACGAGGCGGGCGGACACAGGCGAGCCUAGGGACGAGGUGAGGAUUUGGAUGGCAUCUGCCAGAAAACCCAAAGAGACAUGAGCUGGGAAUACGUUUGGAUAUCAUGUCUUGACUACAGAUGACUUAUUAUCCGCGGAUAAACUGCAGCGGCACGUCAGAACUAAAGGCCUCCUCUGAUGGAGCACUGUGCUCUCUAAUCCAGACAGAGACCUCCCCGACGGGCAGUGACGAGCUACGGCAAAGGGACGCUUUAUUCACAAUUGAAGGGAUUUAUGGGAUCACAAGUUUCCUCUGAUGAGAUGAGUGUGCGUGCUGGCCAGGGCAGUGAUGAGGUGCUGGUUUCACAGGCGGUGUGGGAUUACCUGGCUGCAGCUGGGCGGCCCUGGCUCAUUGACUUCCAGCUCAAGCAGGGGAUGAGUGCUGGUAUCAUUAGGCGAGGGGAGAGGGGGGGCUGCUGCGCUGUGAGGCUGCAGCCGGUGGAGGGCUUCAGGAACGGUGGCGCUGGGGUGAUGGAUGGACCCAUCUCUAGCGAGACACGGAAAGCUUUCAUUGACUUAUGCCGCUGCGCCCGCAAAGAAAUGAGCAAACAGGACGGGGGACCCAAGAGGAAGAGGGCUCUGCUGCCCUGUGUGGGAGUCCUGGAGCCAAACGGAGAGGGGAGCCUGCUUCAGCCUCCACCUCCACAGCCUCGGCGCUCCCAGAGACAGCAGCAGCGGUUCAGGAAGCCUGCUGAUGAGGAGGCCUGCGCCAUGCUCCAUGAGGCAGCCCAGAGGAAGGACAUGGACCCCAGCUUGGCUUCCCAUAAUGAGGCAGAGGACAACAGUACUUGUUCAAUCUGUAUGGGGGACAUAGUGGAAAAGACUACUUUGGAGAGGUGUGGCCAUUCAUUCUGUCGCUCUUGUCUGGAUCAAGCCUUUAAGGUGAAGAAAGCGUGCCCCGUGUGUCGGCUAGUGUACGGCCAGCUCAUUGGGAACCAGCCUGCUAAUGGUACAAUGAUCGUAGAGCGAGAUUCUGAUCUGGAGCUUCCUGGCCAUGAAGGCAGUGGGUGCAUCUGCAUCAUCUACAGCUUCCCUCCUGGCCUCCAGGCGCCAGAACACCCCAACCCAGGUGUUCGGUACCCAGGAACAGACCGCGUGGCCUACCUCCCUGGCGGCCCUGAGGGAAACCGUGUGCUGGGUCUGCUGCGCCGGGCCUUUGAACAGCGCCUUAUCUUCACCAUCGGUACCUCCAUGACUACGGGCAUGCAAAAUGUCAUCACCUGGAAUGACAUUCACCACAAGACCUCAAUAUGGGGUGGGCCCCGCUGUUUUGGCUACCCAGACCCCACUUACCUGGUGCGAGUGACAGAGGAGCUCAGAGAAAAAGGCAUCACGGCAGACUGACGGCAGCGCAGUGACUCUUUCAAGACUUUGUAGGACUUUCCGAGUGUCCUUGCAGUGGGCAUGACUCGGCUCCAGGUUGUGCUCCGAGUCCCGUAAGGGAAGGCUGAAGACGAGGCCGUCGCCAGGCAGGCGUCUACCGCUGCAGCAGAGCCCUCUUCCCUCCACUACUUGUUCCUCUGUUUGUUCAGUUUUCCUGCAUAGCUCAUCUUAUUCCCGUGCUACAUGUGGAAGAAAAUACUUUGAGUGCAGUGCAUUCUUGUAUUACACAAUCCUCUACCUGUCACUGUUGGCCACAGGGCCUAUAUCUGAUGCACUUAGUUAGGAGCAUCGUGUUGCAGUUCAUGGUACCUGUAUAUUAUUUAGAACAUUUAAGUUCUAUCUUUAUAAAAACGGUUAUAUUAAUGUUCAUUUCUAUUUUGGGGAUUACGUUUUAUCUCUCCAGUAACUUUUAAGUAAGUCUCUAAUUUGCUUUCUAAUGACCUGUUGUAAGGAUAAUAUUUGUUGGGUUAUAUGACAAAAUAGUGUUGCUUUAGUAGAAAGUAUUCAUUUUCUAAGUUAUUGCAAUCUAAAGCACUCGCAGGCACUUUUGUAAGGGAGUUUGUAUUUCUUUUUUCCCCUCAGUGAAGUCCGUCAUGGUUGUUGGUUCCUCCGUGUGGAAGAGCCCUCGAAGCAAACGGGUUCGUGCAGCUAUCGGCUAUUAGCUUGGUGGCUACAAGUUGAUGUCAAUUGCUUGGAACUCUUUUGCGUGCAAUUAUUAUUAUUUUUGUUCUUCCAUGUUACCUAAAUAGGAAGAAUGUUAAACUAUGGCUCACUGCAGCACUUUUCUUUUCUUACAUGCAAUAGGAUGUUCCCCUGGGUUGUAUUUCUUUCAUUCAUUUGGUCAGUCCUGUUAUUCGAAGAUGGCUCCCAAGUGUUGAGCCCGUUUUACCUCAGUUGUUAAGGAGCUCAUUUAAUUACCAGAUUUAUGACGAUGUCAAAUAUAAAAGGGCAUAGAGACCACUUAAACCAAAUCAAAGGCACAACAGCUCUUUAAAUAUCUAUGCCUCUGUCCCUGUCAAACUUUGAGAUUUGCCUGCUAAUGUUCUCAUUUAAAAUGAGGUAACUUGUGAAUUUGUUUUAUCUAAAUGGAUAAUCUACGACACACAUUGAAAAAAAUAAUUAAAGAAAAUGUUGUAGGAACAAUUUAUCUCAUUUAGGUUGGGGUGUUGAUCUCAUUUUGUUGUGCCUUUCUUAUAUUCACUUUUGAUAAACAUCAAGCAUGUUAUUAAUGAAUCAGUUUGGACAUAUUUUGGUAUUAUUUCAUAGCUAAACAACAUGUUUAUGUAGCUGUACUAUCUGGCUUUAAGUACAAAUACUACGCAGUUCAUGAAAAUACGGAUUAAAUGAACUUCUCCUUCAUAAACAUUCUCGAGUCCAAAUGCUGAAAACCCUCCGACUGACAACGCUGUCUGUGUAAAAGUGCUUUUGCUAAGUCCAGUAACCUGCUUGGCGAGUGCGGCAUGUGUCCUUAAUUUGAGUGGUCAGAUCCUUACAUCAAAUCCCCUUUCGUAUGUUUUCAUCCCCUUUGUAUUUUAGUUAGGGACCAACUGAAAUAUUUUUGGGACACAGGAUUGUAGUUCACUAAAGCUACUGUGCAAACAUUUCUAUGCAUUACAUGUCCGAGGAGGAGCCAGGAGAACGAAUAGUUGGAGAGAUUUCACAUAUUACAACUGGAUUGUCAAGGAAGAGUUGCAGUUUUGCUUUUUCUAAUUGUGUUGAUUCGUACUUUGUUGAUAUUCUGAAUAAUGUGCUUUACAUUUUAAUACUUGAAUAAAAAGUUAUGUUUUG